AUGGAGGAUAAUGAUAUUAGUUUUAGUAUUUUUGGAAAUAGUGAUGACAUUUUAGAUAAUACAAAAAAGAGUAAAUCCAAUAUUAAUAAUAGUGGCAGUAGUAUCUUUGGUAAUGGCAAUGAAAAUAAUAAUAAUAUGAACACUAAUAAUAAUAAUAGCAAUCAAAAUAAUAAUGAUAUCAAUUACAAUAAUAAUAAUAAUAAUAAUAAUAACAAUAAUAGUAACAAUAGUAACAAUAGUAAUAAUAAUAAUAAUAAUAUUAACAAUAAUAAUAAUAGAAAUAAUAAUAACUUUAAUAAUAAUAACAAUAAUAAUGUUAACUACUUUGAACAAGAUGUAGAUUUUGGUGAAAAUGCCCAUUCUUCAAACUAUGGCGAUAACAAUAAUAUAUUUUCAGAUGAAUCAAAUAACUACAAUAACAACAACAAUAAUAAUGAUUAUAACAACAAUAAUUAUUAUGAUAAUAACAAUUAUAAUGAAAAUUAUAAUGAAAAUUAUAAUGAAAACUAUAAUAAUAAUAAUAAUAAUAAUAAUAAUAAUAAUAAUAAUAAUAAUAAUAAUAAUAAUAAUAAUAAUAAUAAUAACAAUAAUAAUAAUUACUAUAAUGAAAAUAAUAAUCAACAACAACUACAACAAAACUAUAGCAACAAUAAUUACAACAAUGAAUAUAUAAAUAACUUUAACAACAAUGAUAAUAGUUACAACAAUAAUAAUAAUAAUAAUAAUAAUAAUAGUAACUUCAACAACUACAAUAAUAAUAAUAAUGGUUAUGACAAUAGUUAUAGUAAUAGUAAUAAUAAUAAUUAUUAUGAUAACAGUAAUAACAACUCUAAAAAUGAUAAUCAAUAUAACCAACAACAGCAAUAUUAUCAAGAAGAAGAACAACAACAACAACAACAUGAAGAAUUUGAAAAAGAAAUUGAACAAAAAGAACAAGAUUCAAGUCCAAUUAAUGUUAAUAGAAAUCCAAAUAAUUCAGUUAUGAUAAAGAUUGGUGAAGUUGAAGUACCAGAGGAUAUUUAUAAUCAAAAAGUUGAAAAAUGGAGAAAUGAUUUUAAUAGUAUUUUUAGAAAUCUUGAAACAUUGGAGAUUGAUUAUACAAAAGCAACAUUUGGUUUACCAAAAGAUACAACAGUUAGAAGUAUUUUUUGGAGAAUUGCAUUAGGUACCUUAUCAAAAGAUCCAACCACUUGGGUUGAAAGAACAAAUUCAAGUAGAAAGAAAUAUGAAACAUUUAAAAAGAAUUAUAUUAUUAAUCCAAGAAAUUCAAAAGAUCAAGAUGCAGAUCUUCAACAACAACAGCAACAACAACAACAACAACAAAGAAAACCAGUAUCAUUAAUUGAUGACCCAUUAUCACAAAGUGAGGAUAGUUUAUGGAAUCAAUUUUUUGAUAAUGAAAAUGCACAAAGAGAGAUUAGUCAUGACAUUUCAAGAACGUAUCCAGGUUUAGGAUUUUUCGAAAGAUUAGAUAUUCAAGAUAUAAUGAUUAGAAUAUUAUUUAUAUUUAGUAAACAAUAUCCAAAGAUUAAGUAUCUUCAAGGUAUGAAUGAAAUAUUGGCACCAAUUCUAUACUCUGUCUACAACGAUUCACAUUGGUUCAAUAAUAGAGAUGUAUUCUCAAAGAAAAACUAUGAUAAAAAGAAUAAACAAUAUGAACAUUUCGAUUUUGUAUUUGAUCAACAAUAUCAACAAGAUUAUUAUCCAGAUGGUCCAAUUCAGUAUCCAACCAAUAGUAAUAAUUUUAAUGGUGCUGGUAGCAGUGGCAGUGGUGGCAGUGUCUCAAGAAAGGAUGGAGGUAUUGGUGCUUUUCUUAGAGAUCCACAAUAUUUCGAACAUGAUUCUUAUUUCAUUUUCGAAUCAUUGAUGACAAUCGUUGGCAAGUGGUUUACUUCACCACCAUCAUCACCACAGCCACCACCAAGAGUUCAAGGCCAAUUUAAGAAGCUUUAUGAUCUCUCUGAGCGUGACGCCUCUGACCAAGCUGUUAAUAUUGUGGUUGUAGAUCAAUGUCUUAGAAUGUUUGAAGAUUUGAAAUUUAUUGAACCACAACUUUACAGUUACUUAAAACAAGAUCUCGGAAUUGAACCUCAUCUCUAUUCACUUCGUUGGAUUAGAAUCAUUUUGGCUCAAGUAUUUCCAUUGGAUUCUCUAUUGAUACUUUGGGAUUCAAUCUUUAAAGAAUCGGUAACAGAAUUCUUACCAUACAUCUGUUUGACAAUGUUAAUUAUGAUCAAAGAUCAAAUCAUCGAAAAGGAUUAUUCCGAAUGUUUACAAGUUCUCUUUCAUUAUCCUGUCACUCAAGAUAUGCCAAUGUUAUUAAAUACAGCUUAUUCAGUCCGUGAAAAAAUUCAAAUGGCAAAACAACAAUACAAUAUUCCAAUUAGUACUCCUGUAUCAACACCUUUACCAACUUCUUUAUCAAGACGUUCAAUUAAAGCUUAUCCUGUAUCAACUUCUUCAACUAUAGUAAAUCAAUCAACUACUACUAAUAGUAGUAGUAGUAGUACUACUACUUCAACAACUUCUGCCAAUAGAGGUUUAUCACAUUCUUCACAAUCAUAUAGAUCAAGUAGUGGUAGUGGUAGUGGUAGUAUUAGUAAUCAAAAUAAAGGAAAUGGUCAAUCUGGUAUAUUUUCAUCAUUCACAUCAACAUUUAAACAAAUUAUUAAUGAUUUAAAUGAAUAUAAUGAAGAAUUCCAAUUAGCAAAAGAGAAUGAACAAUUAAAACAACAAAAAUCAAAAUUACAAAAAGAAGUUGAUACAUUAAAAGAGACUCAAACUCAUGUCAUUAGUAGAUUAGAAAGAAUUUUAUUCUCAUUUGUUGAUUUUAAACAAAAACAUAUUCAUGAUCAAGAUAACUUUGAAUCUGUUGAUGCAAUGGAAAAAGAAGUAACUUCAAUCUUGAAUGAAGUUUUAAAUAGUCAAACAACAAUUGCAAAUUUAAAUAACAGUAAAAAUAGAUUGCCAAAUAAAAGUGUACAACAAUCAACUAUUUCACAACAAUCAACUACUCCACAACAAUCAAUCACUCAACAAACAUCUUCUCCAAAUAUAGUAUUAAAACAACAACAACCAAUCACUGUUAUUUCACAACAACAACAAUCACAACAACAACAAUCUCUACAACAAGAACAACAGCAAUCUACCCAACAACAACAAUCUACACAACAAGAACAGCAAUCUACACAACAAGAACAACAGCAAUCUACACAACCACAACAAUCACAACAAAAUAACGAUAAUAGUCCAUUCCAACAAUAUAAUAACGAUAAUAGACAAGAAAAAAUAUCAUUAGAAGAUGAAGUCUUUUUUGAUAAUCAAUUUGUAUCAGUUCAAUCAACAAAUAAAGAAUUUCAAUUGAAAACAUUAUCACUUCCAAAUGUAGAGAUUCAUGAAGAUGAUUUGGUUGAAGUUAAAACUCAUGAUAGUACAGUCGAUGAAGAUGAAGAUGGUAAUCCAAUCACUGAACAAUAUAAUUACAAGCAACAAUUAGAAGCAAGAUGGGGUUUUAAUAAAUAA